AGCACACUUUACACCAGGCUUUGCUACUAACACAGCCGCUGUUCUGGGGACUUUGAGAUCAACGUCAAGUCGUCUCGCCUGCACACAGCAGUAGCUGGUGUCUCAGAAGCUGAGAAUUAGGUCUUGCUGGCUACAGCCGGUAUCUUUAGCCUUUAGUAAGGAUUGUUCUUUUUAAGAUUAUUACAGUGAAGCGUCUCUUAGUAGUCACCCAAUGGGGCAACACAAACCAGCUGCCUAGUACAAGUUGGUUUUAAGUAAAGGGGAAACAAAAUAGCACAUAGGUCGCCUGUUGGAGGUUGGGUUCUUAGUGCAGAUUCCUUGCCAAAUCCUGAAAGGAAGUGCUAGGAGAGAAAGGGAUGCAGGAGAGAGAGCUGUGGAAUUGGAGGGUCUUGGAGAGCAUCUCUUCUUAGCCUUCCUAGUGGUGACAACAUAACGCGUCUCAGGGUAGACACAGAUGGGAAGCAGAUCAACUGGAUUCAGGAGAACCACCUCCGCCGGGUACCGGUUACCAGCAGCCAGACCUUUGGUGAAACUCGCCUCAUCCUCAUCUCCUUCUCUCAGCACCACCCAGCAUGGGAAAGCUCUGCCUGCCAGUCGGGUCUUAGCACAACAGGCAGCCCGGGCCCGGGAGGAGGAGCAGGCAGCACUGCAGAGGGACCCAGUUCGGCAGGACAAGAUCUGGAGGGAGUUUAUGGAUGCUGAGUGGAGGGGAAGAAAAUAUUGGUACCAGAAUUGGGGUUUCAUGAAGGACUAUGAUCCAAUGGGUAAGAAAAAGGAGCAGGAGCAACUGCCCGAGUAUAUGCCUGUGUUCUCAGACAAAAUUCCCAACACCACCAACCAGACUAUCGGCAGUAGAAUGAACACUGAAAUUGGCAAAACUCUAGUAAACAUGGAUUACUUCCUCAGCCGUGGAAGACAAAAGAAGAAACUUGAGCAUGAGUUCCAGCCCUCCUAGUGUUAGAAAGAAAAUAUCCCUAACAAGAUAUGUGGCAGGAUUCAAGCUAACAAUCUUUUUAGAGUCUCACAGUAAUGACGUUACAAAGCAUCAAAUCCUAUCCUGAUAUCACCGUCUUGCAUGGCAUUUUUUCAUGAGCAAAGGUGGACCUUGUGCUUAAAAAAAUUCUUCUGGGGAAAUCCUCUUAAUAUUUGGAGUGAUCAGAUUAGAGUGGAUAUAAACAUGUGCUGUUUAGAUCACAGGGUCCAAUCAUGCUCCCAUCAAAGAAAAUAGCAUUAACUUCAGAGGGAACAGGGUCACUACCAGAAAAGAAACCCUAACUUAUCUAAGAUUGGUCACAAGAUCUUGCCAGAUGCAAGAUAAUAUUAUAUUUUUAAUUUCAAAGUAAUCAUUGCACUAGAUGGCAGCAGUCCCUUGUGUUCCGUUUAUCUAGCUAGGGUUUUUAAUCACACUCCCCAUCACCUCAAUGUCUGACCUCAUCACUGAAAGUAAAAACCAAGAUGAUGAAAACCUCUGUUCUAAUUUUUCUCCCUACUUCUGUGGAAAUGGAUGCAAUUUUCCAUUUUUUUAAUUUGCUUUUUCCCUUUUCCUUCCUUUUACUAUUACCACCUCCCUCCUCUUUCUCUUCUCCUCUCACUUUGUCUGAUUUAGUUGUUUCUUGGGGAACACCAACACAAAGAAGAAGGUUUUACACUCUGCUCUGGAGGCACUGGUAGUCAUUCUGAUCUCCUUCAGUGAUAAGUUCCAAGGUUCUGUUGCCCAGAAAACCUGGUCUCCCGUUCUUACAAGCUUCACCCUUGAGUUUAACAGAUGCAUAGUUCCUGAAGAAUGUAUCAGGGGAUAGCCGUGUUAGUCUGUAUCUACAAAAACAACAAGGAGUCUGGUGGCACCUUAAAGAC